AUGUCAUCAGGCUUUGUUUCAGCAGGGACGAACGAGGAGCCCGUGGAGCGCGACGACGCUUGGGUGAGGGUGCAAAAGGAGCUCGAAGAAGAGCGCAGGCGCAAGGCAGAAAUUGGCCAGCAGAAAGAUGGGAAAAGUUUGUACGAGGUGCUGCAACAGAAUAAAAUGGCCAAACAAGAAGAACAUGAAGAGAAAAUGCGAUUGAAGAACCAAUUCCGCGCACUCGAUGAAGAUGAGGUGGAAUUCCUCGAUUCGGUCCUCGAGUCGACCCGGGCGCAGGAGGAAGCCGUGAAAAAGGAGACAGCAGAUCAACUGGAAGCCUUCCGAAAGCAGCGAGAGGAGGCGGAAAAGGCUGCAAUGGGACAUACUUCGUCAGAGGUCACGCCAGCAGCUGCCGAAGAGGAGGAUUGGGCCAUUUCGUCCAAGAAGAGACGGCGUGAUAAAGGCAAAGACUCACUCUUGCCCGGGAAGAGACGGAAAUCUUCCGCCGUAGAUGAAGUCGAAUCACCGACGCCGCAGUCACAGAAACCCCAGGGCAAGGACAAAUCUUCUCCGGCCAUUGCUGUGGCGAAAAAGGACACACCAGCGCGCAAACCUGCUGAACCUGCGGCUCCUUCAACGGCUGGGCCGGGACUGCCUAAGAAGGAGCCCCCGAAGCCGAGUCAAGCAUCACCCCCUGCGCUGGGCCUGGUAGGGUAUGGAUCUGACUCUGACUCUGACUGA